AGUGGUUUUCAAAUAGAGAUUCAUUCUGGACGAAUGUUAACGGAAGAAGGAACUAAACAAGUGUCGUGCAUAGUACAAUCAGUAACUUCAACAACGCACAGUUAUACUAUACAGCCUACAAUUUCAGCGGACGGAAAAUUAUUAUCUCCUUUAUUUAUUGUUUUAAAAGAACGAUCUGGAACGUUCGGACCUAUAGUUGAACAACAUUUAUUCAGACCGCCAAAUAUUUUCAUCACAGCUUCCAAAUCAGGAAAACUUACUUCAGAGCAUUUCAAGAUGUGGUUAGAAGAAGUGUUUAUCCCAAAAGUGGGACCGAAGAGUCUACUUCUAAUUUAUUCUUGGAGUGGGCAUUGUUCUAGAGUUGUGCAAGAGACAACACCCCAAGACAAAAAGUUGACGACUUUAUUGAUACCGAAAGGAACCACUGGAAAAAUUCAACCUCUCGAUGUUUUCGGCUUCCGUAUAUGGAAAAAUUAUAUUCGUCAUUUUUCAGACACCCUAGUUCUUCUUGAUUAUGAUUUAAAUUUACAUUUAAGGAAUAAUAUAAUAAAAUUACAGUCUUUAGUUCACAACCAACUGUCAUCUCCGCGAUAUCAUAAUUUGUUUCGUUAUGCGUGGCAUAAAAGCGGGUUCAUUGCAAAGAAACCUGAUGAAUUUGAUAACCCCGUCGAUUUUGCAUUUGGACAGUCAUCUCAUCCGAAUUGUGAAAUCGAAGGUUGCACGAAUGUCGCAGUAAUCAGAUGUUCUUGGUGUAAAAAAUCACUUUGCCUACAGCAUUUUUUUGAUGAAUAUCAUUAUUGUACCGACUAUCAUCCAUAAAGCGAUUUAUAGAUAAACUUGGAACUUGUUUUUGAUUAAAGGGUGUGGCCACGGUAGAGGAAGUAGAAUC